AUGCUGAGGCGCUUGCGCAACCUCAAGCGCAAAGCUGUUGGCAAUGGGGCGGAGAAGCAGGCCAAUCAGCCGCGGAUCUCGCUGGAGGAGUCCCCGAUCAUGCGGGUGGCGAUUGAGCAGGUUGGCAGAGGAUUGCCGGCGAACCUGGCCCAGAAGUUUGCUGCAGCUGCUGUGGAGGAGGCCGGUGCUGGCAAUGCUGGGGCCAUCAAGUGCCAGCUCUCCUAUGUGGUGCUGCCGGUGCUGGACAUCAGAGCAGCUCGGGAAGUGGGGGCUGCUCGAAAGCCGAAAGCCAAAUCGAGAGCCAAGGCGGGAGCCAAGGCGAAAAGAAGACGGCCAUGUGUGAAGGGCGCUCAGCCCGCGCGUGUGGUCUACAAGGAGUGGCCAGUUUUCAGUCCGGAGCACAUGUGCCGGGCGAUCUUUGAGGCUGGCCGGCACCACCCUGUGCAGCAGUUCGAAGAGGAACAGCGAGGCCGCGCUUGCGGCUUCACCUUGCACGGAGAUGAGGGCGAAGGGAAGCGGAAGAAGCCGAUCAUGAUCAUGUCCUUCAGCCCUCUUGGUGUGCACGCCGCU